ACUAUAUUUCUUUUUUCUGUUUGCCGAAAAACCAAACAAAACAGAAGAAAGUACUUUCUCUUUUCUCUCUUCCAAAACCCCAAACCCUCGAAGCCCCCCUUUUGUUGAGUUUCCCUCCGAGAUCUAUCCAAGGUCGGUUAUUGAAUGGAUGAGGCUAAAGAGAAAAACGGUUCCCUGAGUGUUGCUACAGAAUCUUCAUUAACUGUUAGCGAAACUAUUAUUGAGACGGUGGCUUGUGAGGGUCAAAUUCGGCUGGAGGAAGGAGGGGAAGAGGGUCCUAGUAAUGGAGAUGAUAUAAUGGUGGAAGUUCUGGGUUCUCAUGUUUAUGUAGAUGGUAUUUGUACUACUGAUGGGGGAGAUGGAGGUAUGAUUAGGAGUGGUUUGAAUGAUGAAGCGGUUCAUGGUCCUGGUGACUCUGGCGGAGUUGGUAUGGAGGUUAGUGGUGCUAAGGUUGAAGCUGGUGAGAAUAUGGAAAAUACCGACGGAAGGGAUGAAGGUGACGUAGAUGCAAAUCAAACUUUGGAGGCACAAAAAGUUAGUGAUUUGGAUGGUAAUGACUUAAACCGUGGAGAACAGAAAGCUGUCGAAUGUUCAUCCGUUAUAUCCAAAGAUUCAACUGAUCAAACUAAGGUUGUUGAGGAAGCUGCAUUGACAGUUGAUGGGGACAAUUUGAAUACUCUGGAUGGUUCUUGUGAAACUAUAUCUGACACAAAGAAGGAAGCUGCUGAUGUCGGUGUAGAUGAUAACUCAUCAGAUGUGAAGACACAGAUUACUGCAGAAGAUGUUCUCCAUUCUGGGACUAAAGAUGCGGUUUAUUCAUAUCAAUCAACUGAAUCGGUUGUUGAAAGUGGAUUGGAUGAGAAGGUUAACACAAACAAGGAAACUGACAAGCAAGGUGCUGAUUCUGAACAAAGGCAUAUGGAAGUUGAUAUUCCUCAUUGUAGCUCUGAAAAUCAUGCAGCAGGAAAUGACCAAAACAUAAAGGCUACGACAGUAAUUGAUGGAGCAGAGGAAGUUGAUUCAAGUCUUGGGGCUGCAAUGGAAGUUGAAAAGCAGGUUCCUGAUUCAAAAAAUGUUGGUUUUGAUGCCGAUAAAGAUGUUAAAGCGGAAGAAAGUCUGUUGAAAUUGAGACAGCGGGUGUUGGCUCUGAAUAUCAUGAAGCCUCAAAAUCUCUGAACAAUGUUUCAAACCAAGUACAUUCCUCAUAUUCUUUGGUA